CACUGUGUUACAAGCUACUGCAAUUAAGGCCUUAUUAACUUUUUUUCCUUGCAUAAUUCGCAGACUGAUAUCCUAUCUCAAAGGUUUACUAUCGACGAGAGCUCCCCGAGUAGUUGAUAUUGUUGAUUGUUUCUCAAAAUUUUCCUCACUCUGAUUUGCGUAAAUCAGUUAAUAGUAUGAUAAUACAUUCAAAUUACGACUAAAUUUGUUUAAUUCUGUGUUUCCUGCAUUGGGGGAAGGAGUCUGGGGUGAUCGAGGCUCAGUUAUUAUAGGGGCCGGUCUUCCCUCUCGCCUCAUCAUUCCCAGGUUGGGCGUUGGGCGGGGCUUAUGUGUUGAAGUGUGAAUUGAAAUACGGUAAUACACCAUUCUCAAUUAUCAUCGUAUGCUCCUACCAUCCGAAUAGGGCAACCGCUUGUGCUUCAUCGAGCCUCAAGAUCAAGAUAGAAAGUGAAUGGGAGAAAUCUGAAAGAUGGCUACCGAUCUGUCUAAAAUUGCGACUAAUCUUGUGAAGAAUUUUGCGACAGGGGAGAUGGUGGCAAUCUCUUCAUUUUGGGAGAAGCAAGCCUGUGUCAUCCACUUUAUGAGACGGUUUGGAUGAUCCGCGUGUCGGCUGGGUGCCAGCGAGCUUGAUUCGCUUAGACCCCAGCUUGACGAGGCCAAUGUACGACUCGUCGGCAUCGGCCUUGAAGAUCUCGGAGCUCAGGAGUUUUUGGAUGGCGGGUUUUGGAAAGGAGAUCUAUUCAUAGAUCAACAACAAAAGAGUUACCAAGGACUUGGUUAUAAGAAAUACAGCUUGAUGAGCAUUAUGAAGGCUGUCUUCUCAGCGAAAACCAGAGCUGCACUUUCAAGGGCAAGUGAUAAAAAUAUUAAGGCUAACAUGAAAGGAGAAAAGCUGCAAAUUGGAGGAACUCUUAUCAUCGGAAAAGGAGGAGAAGUACUAGAAGAUUUCAAGCAGGAAGCCCCAGGUGACCACAUACCCCUCCAGACUGUACUGAAUGCCUUUGGCAUCAAAGCAGAGGCACCAAAGACCGAUGGAGCCGAAGGUGGGGCCGUCGUAUGCAACGAUGAUGUAUGCCAAAUGAAGUAAAAAAAAUACAAACUUUAUGAACUCUUCCACAACUGUUUGAAGGAAUGCAGCCUUCGCUCUACAAAGCUUUUCAAAGAUGCAGGGUAUUUCACAAAACAGAAGAGGCGAUGCCCAAGCGACUGAUGUAGUAUUUCAUUUUAUCCUGACAAUAUAAAAACAAACAACACCACAAUGGCAUUCCUGUAACAGCACAAUUCUUGUUAAUCAAUGUAUUAUCAGUGAUACAUAUUUAUGGUGGCAGCGGUGGGAUCUAAUUUGAAGAAGCAGCAUGAAGCAGAGAAUUUAUGAAUCCUAUAUUAAUAUAGUAAUAUAGGGUAUUUAUAUUGCGCACAUAUCCACCUUGUUAGGUGCUCAUGGCGCUCCUAUAUUGAAUCAUAUUGAACUUAUAUACUUUGAGCUAAAAUAAAUCCUCUCUAUUUCUAACAUGUAAUCUAUGUAUUUUGUUUGUAAACAUUAAUACCUGGGUAUUUUGUCUUUCAGUUCCUUCUUGGUGUUGCUAUUCCAGUAUUGCACAAAAGAUUCCAUGGUUUGUCAUAUAGUGUAUAAAUUUAUCAUUAUUAUGCAAAUGACAAAUACUGUAUGUAUUUGAAGAUAGUGGUAGGAAUUCCAGUAUAAAUUUCAUUUCAAGCACAUAAAUAUAUGGUAAAAAUAUCAUUUAAAGUAUUGACAUCAUCAAACAACUUUGUGAUAUUUUAUGUAGCAAUCAUAUGUCUGUACAACACUCCUUUAAAAGCAUUAAAACACACUUCGUCAGGGAAUUCAAUAGUAUUUAAAAGUACAGCAUUUUUCUUUAAUAUUGGAUAAUUCUCCGUAAUUUUAUGUCUGUCUGUGGUACCAAUACAGACCAUUUUAAUUUGAAAUUAAAUGAUAACUAAUUUGACCAUUAUCCCAUUAGUACAGCAAAAGUUGCUUAAUACAAGUAUUAAACCGAGGAUUAGACUUACUGUUAGACUGGUCAAAAUUGCUACCAUGGAAAAUAUGAAUAUUUGGUCAUAAAACAUAGCCUCAAAGUGAUCUCAUGUAGGUCCUCAUAUUAUUCCACACCAAACAUCCUCUCGCACUCCGCUGCUCAAACGCCAUGUUUUCAGAUAAACUGAGGUAGGAGCUAUUGUAUCAUAAAUAAUAUCUAAUGUAAGAACGUAUGAUGCAUCAUAUACCUUACAUAAUUGUUACCUAGAAAAAAACCUCUUAUUACCUAUUACUUGUAGAAAUAUUUUGAAUUUCAUUAUGAAAAGCCCAGGGGCAAAUUGCACGAAAGAGUCUUUGCAAGAACCGUCUUUCGUGUCGCCCAUUUAUUAUGAUGCGCCAUGUGAAACGCAUUUUAAAUAAAUUACCUGCAAACAUAUUUUAUUCAUCCGUUUAAGUAAACAAAAUCUUUGUUUAUAAAAUGAUGUGAUAUAUCAUGAAAUUGUAUGCGAAUUGAUUUAAAUGCUAGCUAACAAAUUUUAUUUGUUUAACAUUCAUUCAUUUCAGAAAUAUCCCGCAUACAGCGCAUCAUAAAAGAUGGGCGACACGAAAGAUGAUCCUUGAAAAGACCCUUUCGUACAAUCGGCCCCUGAAUAAUAAAUGCUGAUCAGUUUCUGCAUGUAUAAAUGAUGAAAAUCAGUCCUGAAGGGAAUUACAUGUAAUUACAUACAUCAUAAAUGUGACCAAAAAAUGAAAUGUGGCAUGAAAAAUUGCGCUCUGGAUUCAUUUUUUUUUUCCUAUUCCUAUAGAUUACAUUACAGUCAAAUUUAAUUGCCUAAUUCAUCUCAUUGCUAAAAUUGUUGUUGAUUGUGUCUACUCUGUUUUUAGUCAUGCUUUUCUAUAAUUAUAAUAUAUUGGUGUAUACAGGAGUCAUUUAAAAGCAAUAUUUAAUUUAUGAAAUGUAAUUGUUAAAUAUUUAUCUAUGCAAUGAUAUAAUAAGUCACCAUAAAAUUAGAUUUCCCUGUGAUACAGAAUUUGCCAUGACCUUUAGUUGACCUUUGACCUAUGAUACUUGUUUAUGUAAAGUCCAUUACUGGAUCCUAAUCAGGUUGAUGUUUUAUCAAACGUCACUCUAAGGCACAAAUUCUGUCUCAAAUUGGACAUGUAUUUUAUUGGUGUAAAAUUAUCAUUUAUGCACAUCAAAUGUCAAUAAAAUGAAAUGAAAUAUUUGUGUGUACUUAA